AACUACACGUGUUGAGGUUGCAGCAGGUUUUGAGUGUGUUUUGUUUUGUUUGCUCUAUCUACAAUUGAUAUUUACAUCAAAAUUAAAAUACAAUAUUUCAUAGUUAUAAGGCACGUUUAAUACACACAUAGUUAAGCACCUACGUAUACAAAUUUAACAAAUUUACUUCUAUUUGGCAACAAGGAAUAAAGUUUUAAACAGCGGUUAAAAACAGUUAUUGUGCGUUUGUUCGGCAUUCAACAACUUAAAAAAUAAAAAAUAAAUAAAAAUUCUUAAAAAGCAUUCCUUUUGUACAACGUUGAGAUUUAGACUUAUCAUCCAAGUCCCAACGAUUUAUUUGCUAUUGGAAAUUUAGUGAUUUCCCCUAUAAAAGAGACCCGCAGCAACAUAGUGUGCAAAGGAGUUACAACACCUUGUCUGAGGACAUGUUUGUGACCUAAAUUCAACAACCCCCUAUACAACCAGCUGAUACCUAUUUGCAAUAAGUAGCACAAACCAUAAAGCGAUAAAAAAAGACGUGAAGGUCAGCAGAAUUUGAAAGCGGUGCGUUCUUGUGUGUGUGUGUGAGUCUGUGUGCGUGUCUGUAUAUUUAUACGUGUUUUGCUGUAGCUUGAUUAAGACAUAAAUAGUAUGUUCAUGUAUAAAGCUUCAGAAGUUUAUGGAAAAUCGCCCGAGAUGCACCAGUCCAAUCAAUAUUUGAAUGACAACGGAAUUAAUAGCAGUAACAACCGCAAUCACAACAACAACAAUAGCAACGGAAUUAUCAACAAUGAGCACAAUUUGAGACAUUGCAAUAAUGACAAUGCAUUUACAUACUUUAAGAACGGGAGUGUAAGUAGUCCGAUCUGGAAUUUAAAGAGCCCCAUCCGUGCAUCCAACCGUAGUCCAGCGAAARCUACGAAAGUGUCAAGACAAAUAAAUAAAUCCUACUAUGCAGUACCUGUAACGGAACAAGGACCGUAUUCCAAUGCAUACCCCAAUUCGUUUGCACCUCGCAAGACGACGACAACGUCGGCGGCCAACAACAAUAGCCACGCCUACCAGCCGCUACGUCAACAGCCCGCAGAGUAUUAUAAGGCACCCGUCCAGCAAAAGGCGCGACAUGGAUAUGGGCACAGUAAUAGCGCGCCCAACAAUCACGAAUUGGCACGCUAUACACAGGCAUCCCUUGAAAAGGAUCAACUCAAGAGGCAGCUAACGUCCCGAAGUACCUGCGAAUAUUUGGAUGACGAUUCGACGUACUCCCACAGCCAUAGAUCUGCGGCCGCAGACCUAAACUGGGAUAAUAUAAUCUCUGAUCGUCAACGCUUUCAGUCAGCAGAUCAGCACUACGAGCAUUAUUUUUCGUAUUUUUACAAUCGUGGCCCAGAGAAGUUGCACAAAUCAAAAACAAAUACGAUACGUUCGUAUCAAACACCAAUGAGCUUAGUACAGGAGACAACGGGUAAACGCUCAUCGAGAAGGUCCGGAGCCCAUAAUGAUAAUAAUCAAAAUAUAGAAUACGAUAGUUAUUUACUGAAGGAGAACAAUGAGCUGCCAUUUGGCUACAAUGAUAGUGAUUGGAUAGACUUCCCCAUCGAUGGAAUGGAGAAAUCUGCAAUUAAAAUAGUUAAUGCUAAAGAUAUCUACGAGUCAACGCCUCUCUGCGAUGAACAGUAUCUCAAUGAAAGUAUACCAACUUCGCGCCGAUGCGUCAAACUGGGCGAUAUACACGAAAUAAGUAAUACGGGUGAGUCCGUGACAAUUAAAAGCAAUUUAGCAAAGAAAACACUCAAAGCCAAUGAGCCGCUGCCGUUGCCCCGUCUGCCGCUGACGCCCAAGAGAGGUCGAGGCGGACAAGCAGCUGCUAAGAAGGUGCUGCCCACUGUCCAUCGCGUCCUCUUGUACAAUAGUCAAAGCCCACGCUCGGCACGUCAAACUGCAGGCGCCGAUCAUGUCACGAACUAUAUACUGGAGGAGCCAGAGCCAGAGAAGAACCGCGACUUUCGCGAUGCUGAUUUCGAUAACGAUGAUGAUUUAGAUAACAUCUCGAAUUUCGAUGAUAGCGACACAGUGAGCAUAAGCUCUGAUACGGAAGAUGGUUAUAGGGCGCAUGCGUAUAAGCUGACGCACUCGAGCGAUCGCCUAUUAUCCUCACCCAAAGACUCUUCGACUCUGGUUUUUUCUCGGUCUUCCGACGAUGACCUUUGCAAUCCAGAGUCCGUCCUAGUCUCCAGUCUCUUUCCAUAUGUGCCGCCCUAUCUAUCAUUUUCGUCGAACACCAAAAAAGGACCCAAUGUCCCGCCAGAGCUGCACAGGAUCUUAAAAUGGCGGGUGACAAGCAUAAUGCCAAAAGUCGUUCGGCUCAUCUUGGCAAACAGUGGCAUGCGCAUGCUGAAAAAAACGAACGACUGGAUGGGUGUGUGGGGCAAGCAUUUGAAGUCGCCCUGCUUCAAAACGAUUCGCUCGUAUCAGAAAAUAAAUCACUUACCUGGCUCCUUUCGCAUUGGGCGUAAGGACUCCUGCUGGAAGAACUUGCAGAGGCAGAUGAGAAAACAUAGCAACAGGGAGUUUGGCUUUAUGCCACGCACCUAUGUCAUACCCAACGAUCUUUGCGCGCUGCGUAAGCGUUGGCCAAAAUAUGCCCAACGUAACACAAAGUGGAUUAUAAAGCCACCGGCAAGUGCACGUGGUGCCGGCAUUCGUGUGGUGUAUCGUUGGGGUCAAAUACCCAAGCGACGACCUCUCAUUGUGCAGAAAUACAUCGAACGUCCCCUACUUAUUAAUGGCAGCAAAUUCGACUUGCGCCUUUACGUUCUCGUAACCUCUGUCAAUCCGCUGAGAGUCUUUAUGUAUCACAAUGGUUUGGCACGUUUUGCUUCUGUUAAAUAUAGUGCCAAGGCGGAUACGUUAAAUGAUCGCUGCAUGCAUUUAACCAAUUAUAGCAUCAACAAAUUUUCGUCGAAUUACUCCAAGAAUGAGGAUGUGAAUGCGUGUCAUGGCCACAAGUGGACCAUUAAGUCGUUGUGGACAUAUUUGGCUAAUCGUGGGGUUUGCACCGAUGGCCUCUGGGAAGCCUUAAGGAGUCUGGUGCUGCGCACCAUUCUUGCUGGAGAGAAUGGCAUUAACAGCAUGAUAAGAGCAAAUGUUGAGUCCAAAUACAGUUGCUUCGAACUGUUUGGCUUUGAUGUAAUAUUAGAUUCGGAUCUGGUACCUUGGCUACUUGAGGUGAAUAUCUCACCUAGUUUACAUUCGGAAUUACCUCUGGAUGCCCACGUUAAGGCGCCACUAGUCCAAGGCGUACUCAACACUGCCCUCUACAAUAUACCACCAAAACUGAGCCAGGAAAAGCAAAGAGAAUUAGCCGCUGAAUUUAGUUUCCCAGCUGGCACACAAAUGUGCUACGAUAAACGUAUGUACAUUAACUAUCUGUCGCGUGAAGAGAAAAACAAGCACAACACUUUUACACGGAAAAGCAUGGAGAAUCGCGAAGAGUACAUCGAUGCGAUUCUCGAAAAGUUGACUCCCGAUGACGUACGCUGCCUAAUUAUAGCGGAGGACGAAUUGGCACGAUGCACACCACUCGAACGCAUCUUUCCGACAGAUCAAACCUAUAAAUAUCUUAAAUACAAUGACACUCCACGCUAUUAUAAUCGUCUAUUGGAUGCUUGGGAGUCACGUUAUGCCAAUAAUCGUACGGAAGGCAUUGCCUUACUGCGCGACUAUUGUCAAAGUAAAUAUCACUUGGAAGUUCCAGCUCCUCCUGCCAAAAAGGACUUGAACGUUAGCCCUGUUGAAGAGAACGCCGUUAAAAACGUGAUGUCUGAGCCCGAAGAAGUGCUAGAAGCAUAAGAUAACUGGAUACCUACUAGUACUGCAAAUCCAAUCACAACAAAUUUCAAACAGAAAGAAACAAAAUACCUGCAUUAAGCAACUGUUAAGAUUCACUUAUUGUUCAUCUUUCUAUACAAAAAGACUGAACAUUUAAUGGGUCAUUAUCAAUUUCUUGAGACACUUAGAAGUAACUUGUCAUCAUACAUCGAUGCCGGUCUAUCAAUCAACUACAUUAAAUAUAAUUUUAAAGCUGAAAGCAUAUUCAAUGUGUUCGAAAACCAAGUAAAAUUUGUUGUAUUAUUCAAUUCUAGGAUCCAAAUUUCUAUGUACGCCCAAUAAAAUUUAUAA